AGGAGGCGAUUACACGCGCUCCGGACGAAACUGCAAACUGUUUAUUAAGAGAAAAGAGACAAAGAAGAAGAACGAAAGAAGAACCAGGAUGGAAGUGACAUCACACACCUCCAACCCCACAGAGGGCGGAGUCAGUCAUAACCCAAACCAAUCGGAAUGCAUCUCGAGUCAGCCAACAGCCAAUGGGACGCUGCCACAUCAAGACGCAGAGGAGGCCCCGCCCCCUCCCUCUGAUAGGUCAGAAGAUGACCUCAGCGAUGACUCUUUGACAGGCAGCUCCUCCACCAAUGACGUCUCUCGACUGCUGCCCCCCCACCCCAUCACAGCUCCCCGCAAACAGAAAGGUGUGGACGACUCAUCAGUGUCUCCUGGUCCUGUCCGUGCUCCUCCUCCUCCAUCAUCUAGCUAUAGCAGACACAGCUGCAGCCUUCCUCAUCAUCACCAUCGUCCCCACCAUCAUCAGAGCGCCAGUCAGAAGCGUCUGUCCUCCACUAAAAGCCACGCCUCCAUAAAAAGCGACGCUGCCCACAUCAAGGAGGUCGCUGGAGAUGAUUGCUGUGUCCACUGUCUCCUGGCCUGUCUGUUCUGCGAGACGCUGUCCAUGUGUUUUGCAGUGGGGGAGUGUCUAGCGUGCGGAGUGGGCGGGGCCGGAUGCUGCAGCGCCGCUGAUGGUUGCUGCUGCUGCUGCGUGGAGGCGGCGGGGGAGGCGGCCUGCACGGAGGAGGCGUGUCAAGCCGUGCUGGACUGUGGGAUCCUGGAGGACUGCUGUGGCUCGUCCGACUGCAUGGACAUCUGUCUGGAGUGCUGCUCCCUCUGCUUCCCCUCGUAGACCAGCCAAUCAGAGGCAGCCUACAAGAUGAGGUCACAGACACUGAACCAGACCAGUAGGACUGAUGACAUCAUAACUCUGAUCUUCGUGUCACCUGAUUGACCUGAUGGUGACUGGGAUGGCGUCUCCGUGUGGGACCACGUCCUCAAAGUCACUUUGACUUCCUCAUGUUUUAAAUGAUUCUUAUUAUCAUGACGACAAAAGUUAAAGCUACAAUGUGAAGAUCAACAUGUGCCAGUGUAACAUGAGUACAUGUAAUCAGAUUACUCUAGACUACUACUUAUGGACUCUAUGUGCAGCUCUGAGUGACGACAGGAGUAAACCUGACUGACAGCUCAGGGG